AUGGGGAAGAGGUGAACAUAUGUGUAUAUGGGCUAGCCCUGGCUGUGCAUUCAAUCUGGAGACAUUUCCACACAAAUUUUAGUUUCUGUUUUACAGGCAAGACGUGGUAACAUCACGUUUCACUUUCGGUCGUGGAAUGAGGAAGAAGUAAUCUAGAAAGCAGCCUCCCUGUCCCUGGUGCAAACACAGAUGGAAGGAAAAGAGCUCUGUGUUGUGAGGACAUAAAGGUUGAACUACUGGAAGUGCCUGACUAUGGAAGCUAGCAGUCAGAAACCAUGUUCAGCAAGGAGCUAGUGUUGAAACACAGAACAGAGAUACUGCAUGCACUGUGCAGCAGUGGGUCGGCUGAACCUUUAGAAAGAGUUCUGGACAUUCUCCUGGCCCAGGGUGAACUUCUAUGCGAGGAUUACCAGAACAUACAAGUACCGGGCAGAGCACUGUAUACUAAUGCCAGACAGCUGCUUGACUUGGUUUAUACGAAGGGUGUGAAUACCUGCAUGUUAUUUCUUGCUGCCCUCAAACAAGUUUUGCCUGAAGCACAUGGAGCUACCAUUCCUUUCUCUGAGUGCUGUAGUAAUCUAGAAAAAAAACAAGAACCACAGACGACAUUUACUCAGACUCUUUUGGCUCAAAGGCCCAGCCUGGUCAGUCAGCUACAGGACUGUACUGAUGAUGCUCUAGAUGCUCUACUUGCAUCAGGACAUUUCACCCCAGCAGAAUAUGAUGAAGUGCAGCUGCCGAUACACACACCGUCUCAAAAGGCCAGGCGUUUGCUCGACCAUGUCAGGUCAAAAGGGGAGGUAGCAGCUGAAAUCCUUUUACAGUACAUUCAGCAAAAGCAGACAUCAGGAUCACCAGUCAACAAAGAAAAAUGGAAUACUCCAAAAGAGUUCUUUAAGUAUCAAAAAAAGCUCAGCAGUUCUCUGGCAGCCCAGUCCUGUUUUCUCAGUACCUAUGGAGGCACCAGCAACAUGUCUUUGGAGGACAUUUACACUGAAGGCCAUUUGGAGCUACCACAUGACUGUAUCGGAGUCCAUGGAUCUCUCGGCCUGGAGGACAUCAUAGGUGUGGCAGGAACAGUAAAUGAGGAGGCUGACACCAUUCUGGUGUCUGGAGAGGCAGGCAGUGGAAAGAGCACCUUGCUCCAGAGGCUGCACCUUCUUUGGGCACAGGGGGCAGCAUUCCAGGACUUCCUCCUCCUGUUUCCAUUCAGCUGUCGCAGAUUGAACUCCGAGCAAAGGGAAUUGUCUGUUAAGGAUUUGCUGUUUCAGCACUGCUGCUGGCCAGACAGGGAGCAGGAUGAAAUUUUCCAGUUCAUUUUGGACCACCCUCAUCUCAUUCUCUUCACUUUUGAUGGCCUGGAUGAGCUCAAACAGAGUUUUUCAGAUGAGCACAGGCUCUGCUGCCCCACCCAGUGUGCACCGGUUCCCAUACUGUUGUUUAAUCUACUCCAGGGGUGUUUAAUGAAAGGGGUGCAAAAAAUAGUAACUAGUCGUCCAGAAGCUGUAGGUCCGGCUCUGAAGAAACACCUUCGAAAAGAAGUCCUCUUAAAAGGCUUUUCCCAGGCUGGGAUUGGCUGUUUUGUGAGGAAGCACCACAGUGACCCCACUGUGGCUGCUAAGGUUUUAGAGUCAUUACAAACUAACACAGCUUUACUUGGGCUCUGCCAUAGUCCAGUGCUCUGCUGGAUUGUCUCUCAGUGUCAUAAGGAAUUGUUGGGCUGUGGGGAUGGAAGUCCACAAACUAUUACUGAUGUUUACUUGAUGAUCUUACGGCAUUUUCUCCAACACAAAAGCCCUGUUAAGAACUCCAUUGGUUUUGGAUGGAUAAAGGAGCAUCUAGACACAGUCUUGCAUCUAGGGCAACUUGCCUUUGAGGGGAUAAGAACUUCUUGUUACAUCUUUUCAGAUACAGAGAUGAACGCAUGUGGUGUAACUGAAAAAGACAUCAGCACUGGCUUCCUCACACAAAGCACAGGUCUGUCGUCUGUUCAUGCUAAAAUGUAUGAAUUCCUACAUGUGACCAUGCAGUGCUUCUUUGCAGCUCUGUACACUGUUUUGUCCACUAAUACUGACCAUUACAUCAUCCCUAAACUCUUUGAGUCACAUGUCAUGAAGGAGAUGAACAUGAACAGCACAUGCUUUGGGAUUUGUUUACCCUCUGUUGAACAACAACAGCAAGUCUCAGAGAGGGAGGCUAUGGCAGUAGAAAUAACGAAUUUGCAAAUGACAGCCACCUUUUUAUCUGGACUACUGUCCCAACGACAUCGAAGUCUAUGGCUCAAUUGCUGCCCCAGGGCCACAGUGGAGAAAAAGGUCAAAGAGGUGGUGAGAUGCCUUUCAAAAAGCCUCCGAAAACACUUUAGGUCUAUUCCUAAACCAGUAGAUGGGGAGAAGAAGAGCAUGCAUGCAAUGCCAGACUUUGUCUGGCUUGUCAAAUGCAUUUAUGAGAUGCAGGAGAGCAGUAUUGCAAAAGAUGCCAUGAGUAAGUUAGAUGUGAACCACCUGAAACUGACCUAUUGCAACAUUGGGCCUGUAGAGUGCACUGCCCUGACCUUUGUGCUCCAGCAUUUAAAAAAUCCUGUGGGGCUCCAGCUCGACUACAACUCUGUAGGUGAUGUUGGUGUGGAGCAGCUUCUUCCCUGCAUGCCCAUUUGUUAUUCACUCUACCUCAGAAAUAAUAACAUUACAGAUGAGGGCAUCAGCAAACUGAUUGCAAAGGUUAUCCAGUGUGACAACUUCCAGAAAAUUGCGCUCUUUAACAACAUGCUAACAGAUGCAUGCACUCAGCAUUUUUCUCAGCUUCUGAAGACCAAGCAGAAUUUCAUUUCUCUAAGGCUUGGAAACAAUAACAUAACAGCAGAGGGAGCAAAGCAGCUGGCACAAGGACUGAAAGUCAAUCAUUCACUGCAAUAUUUGGGGCUUUGGGGCAAUAAGAUAGGUGAUGUAGGAGCAGAGGCUCUUGCAAAUGCCUUGGAGAGCAGCAAAACUUUGGUGUGGCUCAGCUUGGUGUGCAAUGGUGUAGGAAAUGCAGGAGCUUGUGCUCUUGCCAACAUUAUCAAGAACAGCACAUCACUGGAAGAGCUCUGGUUGACAGACAAUUGCAUAACCAAAACAGGGGCGGAGUGCCUGAUUCAAGCCUUAGAACACAACACUCAUGUGAAGUCAGUCUGGUUGAAAAACAACAAUCUCAGCGUGGAAGAGGUAGAAGAGAUGGCACAGCGUGAACCCAGACUGAUCCUCUGAUUUUCUGUUUAGGUGGCUGAGGACUGUAUGUUGCAUUAAGAACUGUUUAAUUUAUGAAAUGAAAAAUUUCUUUUGAAUUUCAAAUGUUACUGCUUAUGAAAUACAGAAAAUAUAUCCUACCUGCAUGACUGGACUGUGUUUUGUAUACUGGUGAUGGUAUUAAAUCAUAA